AUGCUUAAAGCACAUGCAAAUGCAAGUACAUUAUGUCGACAAUUAAACCAUAUCAACAACCCUAUAAUAAAUACUUCGUUAUUAUCAGGAUUACGAUCAAAGUGUUGGGGAGUAAGAAAUAAGACAACACUAACCAAUUGUCACACACAUAAUCUCAUUUAUUCAAAAUACAACAAUAAUGGUAGCAAUAUAACAAUCAAGAACGUACAAGGCAUUAAAUAUUUCUCAGAUUUCACUAAAUUACUACGGAAUGAUACCACAACUUUUCAAAAUAAACUGAAACUUAACUCUCAUACCACCUUUAAUAAUAAUAAUAAUAUUCCAUUUGCAAAAAUUUCUAAAAAUUUCUUUCACUCAUCCAGAAAUAAUCAAAAUAAUAAAUCUGAAGAAACUUCAAAAUCUAAGAAGGAUACAAAAUCAUCUUCAGAAUCUGGUUCAAAGGAUAUAUGGAGAUUAUUACUUCUAAUCAAGAACGAUUGGAGAUUAUUAUCUGCAGCUUUAGGUCUGCUGACCGUUUCAUGUUCCAUUGGUAUGGCGAUCCCUAAAAUUAUAGGUAUUGUGUUAGAUGCCUUAAGGACAACUGCACCUGAAGAACAAAUUACUGUAAUGUCUUUACCAUUACCUCAAUUUUUUGGUGGGAUUGCCGUAGCUUUAGUUAUCGGCUGCGCUGCGAAUUAUGGUCGUGUUAUCUUACUGAGAAUCUUGAGUGAACGAUUGGUUGCUCGACUAAGAUCAAAUAUCAUUAAGAGAGUGUUACAUCAGGAUGCAGAAUUUUACGAUACCUAUAAAGUUGGGGACUUGAUAUCAAGACUGGGAUCUGAUGCUUAUGUUGUUUCAAGGUCCAUUACUCAGAAGAUAUCAGAUGGUAUAAAAGCUUUAUUUGUAGGAUCUGUGGGUAUCGGUAUGAUGGUAUCAUUAUCACCACAACUGUCAGGUUUUCUAAUGUUACUAGCUCCUCCAAUCCUUUUUGCAGCAAAGUUUUUUGGUAGAAAGAUAAGAUUAAAUUCCACUCAGUUACAAGAGGCUACUGCAAAUAUGACGCGUGUAUCAGAGGAACAGUUCAAUGGUAUUAAGACGAUACAAAGUUUUGUUGCAGAAAAGAACGAGAUAAAUAAAUAUAAUGGUGCAAUUCGUCAAAUAUUUAGAGUAGGUAAAGAUGCUGCUUUCAUAAAUGGUAAAUUUUUUACAACUGCAAGUUUGAUAGGAGAUCUAAGUUUUUUGAUUGUUUUAAGUUAUGGUUCAUACCUUGUACUGGGCAAUCAAUUAUCUAUUGGUGACCUAACGGCAUAUAUGCUAUAUACAGAAUAUACUGGUAAUGCAGUCUUUGGCCUAUCAACUUUUUACUCAGAAUUGAUGCAAGGUGCAGGUGCAGCUACCAGAUUAUUUGAAUUAACUGAUAAAGAAGUUAAGAUUCCAUCCACCUUAGGGAAAAACAAGUUUAUUCCAACAAAACCGAAUGGGGGCUGUGAAAUCGAAUUCAAGGAUGUUUCAUUUGCAUAUCCAACGAGACCUGCCAAUCAAAUAUUUAAAAACUUAAAUUUUAAGAUCGAAGCAGGUUCAAACGUUUGUAUUGUCGGUCCAUCUGGUAGAGGUAAAUCGACUAUCGCGCUAUUAUUACUACAUUAUUACAACCCUACGAAUGGAGAGAUAGUUAUUGACGGCCAGACUUUGAACGAAAUGAAUACAAAAUCACUAAGACGUAAGAUUGGUAUUGUUCAACAAGAACCAACUUUAAUGUCAGGAACAAUUAGGGACAACAUAACAUACGGUUUGACUUAUAAACCUACAAAGGAAGAGAUUAGAUCUGCUGCUAAGCAAUGUUUCUGUCAUAAUUUUAUUACUAAAUUUCCUGAUACUUAUGAUACUGUCAUUGGACCUCAUGGUGCUUCAUUAAGUGGUGGUCAAAGACAACGUAUUGCUAUUGCAAGGGCAUUGAUAAAGAAACCAAACAUUUUAAUAUUGGACGAAGCUACCUCUGCGUUAGAUGUGGAGAGUGAGGGUGCCAUUAACUACACAUUUGGCCAAAUCAUGAAAUCAAAGUCCAUGACUAUUGUCAGUAUCGCCCAUAGACUAAGUACUAUCAGAAGAUCUGAAAACAUUAUUGUUUUGGGGAAUGAUGGUUCUGUAGUGGAAAUGGGUAAAUUCAAGGAAUUGUUUGAGGACCCAAAUAGUGAGUUAUCAAAAUUGAUGAAUGAAAAGACAAACCGCAACGAAAAGAAACCAGAUCUUGUUAAAUCAAACAUAACAUCGGAUGGAACUGACAAAGAUUCUUCCCAAAUGUCAGAAGUAGAGCAAGAAAUCUCAGCAAAGACGAAUCAAAUAGAUGCGAUAGAUGAGAAUGCUAUAGAAGAAGUAGUUAAAGAUGUGACGGAAGAGAGUAAACCUAUCAAGAUUAUAAGGUAA